AUGGGAGAAAGAUCCAUUGUGGUUACAGCAAGAGUUGUCAAAGAAAAAGUGAUUUUAGAAACUGAGAGAUUAAGAGAAGCCAAUGUGGUAAAAAUGUUGUUUACCAUUACCAUUCUCUCAAUAUUUGUAUUCUAUUGCUAUUCCAAUUACACCAAGAGAAUCGAAAAAUAUGCCAGUUGGAAAAAUAAAUUGCAAACAUUUGACCCGAAAAAGGAUGGUGAUGUUGAUGAAAUUAUAAAAUUCGUUGUUGGAUAUGAUUUUCCAUUUGAAAUGUUUUUGGUUUUGAAUUUUGUUUCCUAUAGAACAUUCUGCAGUCCAACCAUUGCAGGAGUAUAUGCCAAAACUGGUGGUAUUGUUAAUGAUACUGAUAAGAGAGCAUGUGACACUGAUUUAUUGAUGCACAUUUGGAUGGAUUAUGGACUUGACAGUACCAUUCAUGGUCUUCACUCUGCCAAGACCAGAAAUGUGGAUUUCGUCUUUGUAAUAGCCUGUCUGGUUAUCGACUCUAUCCAAUUCGCCAAUGACUAUGGUUGGAGAAGUAUCGAAGAGAAGGAGAAGCAAGCAAUCUGGGAGUUCUAUCGUCGUGUCGGAGAGAGAAUGGAGAUAAAAGAUCUUCCAAAGAACCUGGAGGACUGCUAUAAGAUCGUGGACAAGUACACUGAAGACGAAAGAUCAGCACGUAUCACCGAAGAUGGAAUCGCUUUGACUGAAGCCAUCACCAAACUGGUCUGUCAAUGGUAUUAUUUCAUCCCACAAUCUAUCAUCCGAACUGCAGUAAGUGUCGUUAUCUACCAAAUGGGAGCAACCUUUCAAAGAAAGCUUGGACUCACCAAACCAACAUUUGUUCAAUCAUUGUUUGUCAACACAAUCUUGCAAAUCCGUAGAGCACUUCUCAAUGUCGUUCCACUCCGUACAGAACCAUACAAGCUAUCUGAUAUCAUCAUGAGAUCCGAUUAUGGUUGUCCAAUUAGUAAAGAUACUAUUAAAAAAGUUGGACCAGUUGAUGCAUUAGCUAGAAUACAAUAA